GAGACGAAACGAAGGAAGCUGCUCUCCAGGCGCGCAACCCAGGAAGACCUUAUUAGUGAAAGCUGUGAAGCGGAAACAUUCCUGAGAUUCUUCUCAUCAUCAUCAACCCCUGUCCUCAAUCAAAUCAUAUCAGUCGGCAACCGUAACAUGGAUAGCGAACGAAGGUCCAAGGAUGAGAAGAGAAGCCAGGAUGAGAGGAAGAGGAAGAGGCAUCGGACGGACGAGGGCGAGGAAAAUGAAAGCAGAAAGAGCGACAAGAAAGAGAAAGGAAAGGAUAGGAAGUCCCACAAACACCGUUCCGAUAAAGAAAAGAAGUCCAGGGACAGCAAGGGUAAACAGAAGAGAAAAGAGCGACGCUCGAAACAUGAUAUCCAAGAGCUGUCAAGUGAUGACUAUUUCUUGAAGAAUAACGAGUUUGCCACCUGGCUAAAGGAAGAGAGGGAUAUUUUCUUUAGUGAUCUCUCUGCAGAGUCAGCUCGUGAACUUUUUUCGAAGUUCAUGAAGGAGUGGAACAGGGGGAAGCUUGAAUCUCGAUACUACGAGGGAAUUGCGAGUGGACAACGAACAGCCCAUGUUUGGAAGAUCAAAGUGUAGUGGGAAAAGUUUACAGGAUCAGGGAAUCUUAUAGCUAGUGUUUGUCCUUUGUAAAUGCAAUGACACUGUUAUUUUCACGCUCUCUUCUCGAGGAAUAUAGUACAGGUAAUUUAAAAGGUUCAUGUAUGAAUACAGAAAAUUGCCUAUUAAUUUCCUUGUGAAUAACUUUUCCCAGCGAGAGUGAUUGAAGCAGAACACAGGAUUAAUUUGCAGAGAGAUAUUGUUAUUUGCA